AUGCCGGACGCCAGCACUGUCACAACUCGCCCAACUACCUCAGAAUUCGCCAGCCCAGAGAUGGACACUUCCAAGGCCACUCGCACUGCUCAGGAUAUGCCGUCUCUCGUUGCCAAAGAGUCGGCCACCCUGGACCUCACCGCGCCUUCCUCACCCUUGCCGCUCGCGCCACCUCGCGAGCCCGUGACUUAUCGCAGCACUGCGACGCAGAUCAAACCUCCGCAGACUGGCGCAGAAUUCGUCCGGAUAUAUGGCUAUGAGCCAAAAAUGCAUGAUAUCGAACACAAGAUCGGCCUGGCCGCCAUCGGCCGCUACAAGCAUCUAGACGACAUACCGUACGGCGUGAUCCAUGGAGUGCCUUUCCAACCGGCGCAUAGUGAGCGCAACCCGUCUUAUAACAGCUCAGGCUUUCAGAUCAUGGCCCUAGGUGCUCGUAAUAUGGCGGUCGCCAAAGCAAAAGCGAAGGCCGGGUUCACUGCAAUCAAGUACAAGAACGCCCUCGCAAAAGGCGGAGAGAAGAUCUUGACGCAGUCCAAAGACGAGGAGAUAGUUCACUCGGAGCAGUACCCCUCAAUCAUCAAUGUCAACAAGGAUGGCACUGCACAGCCUGGUCAAGACCUCACUGGGCGCUGCUUCUGGAACGUCUUCAGGGCCGAUAUCGAAUGCGAUGACGCAGUAAAGUGCCAGCAGCCUACUGCACCCCAGGUCUUCGCGGCACGCCUACCACAGUCAAUGCUCCACACACAUCGCGACGCGAAACGACGCGCAAUUCCGUCGCUGGAACCUUCGUCACAGUACGACCUGCCAGAUCCUAUCGUCCAGCAAGACUUUGCUGGGUACGAAUACAUGCAGGAGGAAGACCUACCAUACGCUGCUGACACCGAUGCCUUUGUCGUGUUCAAGGCCGAGCAUCAUGUAUCGUGCGACCCUCCUCAUGAACCUUUGUCUACGCCAGUACGGUCUCGUAAGCGCAAAGACAGCUCCCAGCUUUCCAACGAGCGAGACAGCAAGCGAUCCAGAUUGAUUGCGCCGUCUACGAGCAUUUCUUUGGGUGAGAAGCACGAUAUCAGCGCUCGUCUGGACAAAACGCCUCCCAAGAAUCCUGAGCUUGCUCCUUCACUUCCUUCCCCUACUCCAGCAGCGCUUCCCAUGAAGGACCACUUGUCGCAAGAGCGUCUGGACGCGCAUUCAAAUCCUUUCCCAUCCACUCGUGAGGACCGCCGCACGGACGCCGGUCCUCGCUCGAGCUCUCGUCUCAUAGAUGCGUCUCGUACAGAACACCGCGAGUCGAAGUCACGAGGUGAUCGAACCCGUGCUCGGUCUCGCUCGCCAACACACGGCGAUAUCGAGGUUCCAGGUUCCCGAAAGUACAGGGACCGCAAGGAUAUUCAGGGUGCCUUGGAAGCGACUACGAGUUUAGACAAGAGGCACACUGAAGAUGUUCGAUCACAGGCAGUACAAUUGACACCUACACCCACGACCCAAGGAUACAAUAAUGAGACGGACCUUUCAGAUUCUCUCACAUCAUCAUCUCCACCAAGCUCGCGAUCCACACUCGCAAGCUCAUAUGGCUCGAACAAGAGCACGCCAACCUGUGAGCCUCACGAUGAGCAACCCGCGCAGAGCGCUCUUGCCACAUCAAACAGUGUUGCGGCUAAUACUACAAACACCGGUAGUCCGGCUCCACUUCGACGUGUCCGGCGCGAUACCGUGAAAAAACAUGCACCACAGAUGCAGCAAGAUUCCACAAUGCCACAGGCAUCCGGAGCUGUCGAACAGGAUGUCGGCAAAACACAUGAGUCUGCAGCAGAGCUGACACAGCCCGAGCAGCAUAGCCCUCUCAAGGCACAGGAGCAAGAGCCACAGCCGAGUAAGAAGCGCGCGCUUGGAGACGUUGACACAGAUCCUUCCGAAGUUCUGCAGGAUCAACAGCGGUCCAAGCGACCAAAGAAACAGCUAAAGGCACGCAAGCAAGAGCCAGAGGAGAAUCUGGAUCGCGAAAAGGCUGUCGAGCAACGGGACAAGACUUUGCAGGAGGGAGCUGAGGCUUCGACGCCAUCAAACAACGCUGAGGCAUCCAAGAAAGAUGAGCCUCCUGCCGAGCAUACAAAGCCAUCAACCGAACAGCAAAAACGAACAGCGCAGAGCGUUGUCGAGUCUACGAAGGCCGAGAUCAAGACGGAAGAUGUGAAAGAGAAGGUUAAGACCGACGAGGCCAAGCCAGAGAUGUCAGAUACCCAGAAGAAGCUGGCAGCACGCCGCGCAAUGCGGGCGGCAAAGGCAGAUGGCAGGCCAUAUGUUCCUCCAGCGAGACGUAUCAAUGCGGCAGGAAACGCUCCUACAGCGAACCAGAACCGCGUCGUGGGCAACAGGCACCACAAGCGGUAG